UAUGUUAUCAUUUUCUUCAUCUGACAUGAAUGUCGAUAACAUUAUGAUCUAUGUAAGCGUAUUUUAUGUGUGUUGUCAUAAAACCAUACUGUAAAGUUACAUAUAUACUAGAAAUAGUUAUAACCUUGUACUUUACUGCUAAUUUCCUACAUAGACCAUACAUGAUACACCCUACAUGAAAAUACUGUAAUAAACCGUUAGAUAUUCAUCUAUGUAAUUAGUGGGUCAAUACGAGGAUAAUAUUAUAAUAACUAGCAAGCUCCGAUCUAUAUAUUUAAAUGUUUUGUAGUCAUUUGUGUUGGAAGUCAUCCACAACCGAGGAAAAUAGCAAAAAAAUAUAUGAUAAAUCAUGAUUAAAAUAUUACACAAUCAUUGUAAUUUAUAAAAUGAUAUUCUUGUCAGAAUUAAUUGCGAAAUCAAAAUAAGGGCAUAAAAUCUAUGUAAUGUAUGUAUGUUUAUGUGUGUGUGGGACGUAUCUAAUGAAAUCUGGACACAAUCUGAUCCAGCGAUGCAGUAGUUACUGAUCUUAAAACCAAAACAUAAAAAAAGAUUUUUUCUUUCUAAAAAGAUAAAAUAAACAUCUUAUAAAGAAGAGAUCACCAUUGGAGAUCUCUCCGAUUCCUCAGCUCAAAGCAUACCAACCAACCCCACAUACAUACACACACAAGUAUUGUUGCGUUUUCUCUCUCUAAGAAGACUUUCUCUUCCUACGUCUUGGUAUUAUUAUUUGUUCCGGUGUAAUACAUCAAGAAAUGGGUAGUAGUUUCUUUGGGAGACCAAAAAUGGGUGGAUCUUCGUCUUCAUCACCAACAUCGUCUUCUCCGGCAAAGAGAGGGAAGAACAAGAAUGGUUCUGACAAGCCUAAGCAGCCGCAGAGAGGUCUGGGUGUGGCACAGUUGGAGAAGAUUAGAUUACACGGCGAACUUAAUUGCAACAGUUUCAAUACUUACCCUUCUUAUCAUCCCUCAACUUUCAGUCCUCAGGAUGAUGUGAGAAGUCAAGGAGAAUAUCCAUCUAUACCAUAUUCAUCGUCGUCGGUUCAUUAUGGCAUUCAUCCAAACAUGAUGAUGAAUGCAAGUAAUGAUCAAUACGAGAGAACAACCACAAGAUACAUAGAUGCUCAGCCUUACAUAGCACCAAGUUGGAACCCGAACUACGGUAUCUUGGAGAGCCAACAUUUUGUGGAACCAAACACAACCAGACACUUCUUACAUGAGGAUCCGAGAAAUAACUCGUUGGGAUCGGAUGUUGAGAACUUCCAGACGAGUGACGCAACUGAGCCAGAUUUGGAGCUGAGAUUGUCACUUUGAGUAAUGAAUAAAUUCAUAUUAUUUUUAAAGAGCCCAUGGAUUUGUUACACUAAAAAAUUAGACAAUAAUAAUAUAUAAUUUAGGUCAUCGUUUGAUUUGUGGGCAUCAGAUUUUGAUACCAUCAAGAUGUUUACCUUUUCGACAAAGUAUGCUUGUAAAUCUACAUGAUUUUCAUAUAUGUCAAAGUAGUCAUA